AUGAAAAUAAUAAUUGAUGAAAGAGAUGAAGUAGAUUUGAUAUGGAUACACAAUGGCUCUAUCAAUUUACCAAAAAAAUAUGAAAAUGAAGAACAUGUGGAUAAUCAUUCCAAUGAUGUUAAGUCAUAUGAAAAUAUAUUUCCAUGGCUAACUAAAUUUAAUAAAAUAAUGUGUUCAUCUGUGGGACACAGAAGUUACCAAGUGUUAAAACGUUUACUUUCACUUUAUACACAAAAUAUUUUAACUAAUAUAAAUACAUAUUGUGAAAAAACAUUAGAUAUGAUCAAAUUAAAAAAUCAUUUAAGUAGUACACUGACAUUUUUUCAUCUUUAUUGGCACGAUAUUAAAGAGCAUGUUGAUGACUGUACUUUGUAUUUAAAUAAAAUGUCCGUGCUAUUGGGUAUAUAUAUAGAUAUGGAACUCAAAACUUUCAAGCACGCUAUGGAUGCUUCUAAAAUAGCUUCAAAACUACUUUCAGCAUUAUGGAUAUACUUAAGUAAUUCAGAAAAGCAUAUCUUCAGAGUGCUGCUCAAACUUAAGCUUGUUACAAAAAAAUAUUCAAAAAUUUGUGAUCCUAUAUUUAUGAGAAGCUUCACCCGUUUAAAACAAAAUGUGGAAGCAGUAACAGACAUAGAUUAUGUCAGAUAUUUACUUGUUUUAAAAGUAUGGAAAAAAAUAAAGGAAAAUGUUGAAGAGAAAAAGGAAGUGAAUAAAAUGGCCCUAACAAUAUUAGGUCCACGUAUUCCAAAAAUGCGUGAUGAAUUAUUAGAAAUUAUACCUAAAUCUCCAAUAGAACAUGAAAAUGAAACCAUUUGGUUACUACAACAAAAUGUAUUUGAUUUAAGAACUGCAUGUAAUAAUUUUAUUGCAUUUGAAGAGACAAUGUCUGUUACACUUAAAGUUUCUGAUUUAAACUUCCAAUUGUCACAGAAUGUAUUGUGUAAUAUGCAAGGAUGUUUCACAAACCAUGAAUUAAAGAAAAGUGAAAUGAAUAAUUUAAAAGAUAACCAUUCUUUUCAAACGGAAGUGAAAUGCAAUACACUUACUAAUCAAGUGUUUCCAUUGAGUAAAAGAAAUAAGUUUAAAAAGCAUAAAAAAGUAUCAAAAUUAAAACCUGGAGAAGUAAUUUUGAUUGAUUUAACUGAAGAAGAGGAAUUAAGAAUAGAUAAAACAAAAAAGAAAAGCAAAAGCAAAAAGAAAUUAGAAUGGUUAAAAAUUAUGAAAAAAAAGUAUAAUACACGAAGACAAACUGUUGAUGUAAAAAACAGAAAUCAUGUGGAAAUUGCAGAUGCUCACAGUACAGAGAACUCUGAAAAUUUUGCAGAUAAAAUUCUCUUAGAAUAUUUACCAAUUUCGGACAAUAAAGUUAGUGAAAGUAUAGAAAGCUAUACUUUGUUGGAACAGAAACCAGUCCAAGAUAAUACUCAUUAUAAUUCACAAAACAUGCAUGAUCAUAUUUUGAAUAAAAGAAAUAAAGAAUUAAAAUAUAUGUUUCAACAUAAACAGUGUGAUACGUGUACUUCAUCGCUAAAACAAACUGAUAUACAUCGCAAUAGAGUUUUAUAUUUAUUGAAACUUUUAAGUACUGUGGGACAAAAUAUUAACGAACCAAAAACCAUACUAAAUCUGCUUAGAGAAAAGGGGGACGAAAAUAUAAUGUCUUCUACAAAUACUUUUUUUUGUAAAAAUACAGACAAUGAAUCUAAUGAAAUUAAUACUCAGGGUAAAGAAGAAUCGUUUCCUCAGCCAAAAAGUUGCAUAGAGGCAAUACUUUCGUUAAAAGAGUGCCAAAAUAGUAUUACAAAUGUGCAAUCUAUAAAACAGGAGUUACCAACAAAUAAAAAUUGUAAUAUGACAGAAGCAAAUACUUAUUGCCAAAAUGAAUCUGUUUAUGUACAAAGUAAUUAUCAUUUACAUGACUUUAGUUCUAUGAACAGUCUCAGUUCACAAACAACAGAAACUGUGAAACAAAGAGUUGCUCAUAAUAUUCACGAAUGCGCAGACUGUUGUAAAAAAAUUGAAAUAAAACCCUUUUCCUAUCAUAAUAAUAGUAUAUUUAAUACAAUAAAAACCGAAGAUAUACCGAAAAAUACAAUAGAUACUAACGCCACAGAUAAAAAACCUAUUUGUGACAAAAAUAUAAUAUGUAUGCUGAGUGAUCUUGAUAAAUGUAUGGACGUUUUAAAUCGCAUUGGCGAACACAUUAUGACCGUUCAUGCAGAAAAACAACGAUUAAAAUGUUUAGAUAAGAUGGACUUAUGCACUGUUUCCACUACAGUUUUAGGAGAUCAGUGUGUCGAAUCGUCAUCAGAUUGGUUACAAAAUAUUAAUUCAUUGACAAAUACAGAAAAACUCAGCAGAAUUUUAGAAUUAUAUGGAAAGAAAGAUUUAUUAAAUGUAUGCAACUGUCAUGAUUUUCAUAGAUGGGAUAAUCAAGAAACUAAUGCAGUGCUAAAUCAAUUGAAAAGUGAAUCUGAGAAUUGCCAAAAAGUAACGAUAUCAACAUCUCAACCAAAAGAAAACCGUUCUUAUGAAAAAGAUAAUAUUUUUUCUGAAAACAAAUCACCGCCAAAUUUUGUUUUCAAUCAUAUAAAAUCCGAAAUUGAACAAUCCAUUCAGAAAGCAAGUAAUGAAAAUUUUGAAGUUCUAAGGGAUGAGACACAGAAAACAAAUCAUAAAAUGAAUACACUAACAAAUAAUCAGACAUUUGACACUUUUAUACAUGAUUUAAAAGAUACCAAAGAAUCGAAUCGAGAUAUACAUUGUGAAUCUGUGCUACAAAAUUUUUCACAAAAAAGUAAUGUGACAAAAAUAAAUUCUAUGGACGAAUUUGAAAAUAUUGAUAUUUUAGAUAGCAUUCUUAAUGGGGACAUAACUAUUGAGGACGAACAAGAACUUUGGGAAAAUUCACAAUCUCCGUUGAUGUCACCAAUUAAUUAUGAUAAUUCAAAUAAUGUGUUAAAUUGCAUCACAGAAUUUUUUUCACAAUCUGAACAUUCAUGUACAAAUGAAACGGAGAAAAAAUAUAUUGUGUCAGAUACAAAAAAUUCUCAAACACCAUUACCAGAAGGUAGCCUAGGAACAACUGGAAUAUUAAAUUCUUUAUUUGAUUUUGAUUUAACAAAUAUGGAUUCCCCUUCAAAUGAUUUUAUGUACUCAAAUAUACAAGCAGUUAAUCCACGGUUAAUUAAAAAGACUUUCGAAAAAACAUUUGCUAAUGAAAGGAAUAAUUUAGAAAAAUUAUUUCCACAAAAAGAAAAGGAAUUGUGUAAUAAUCAAAAUCAUUCCAUUGAUAGCAGCGUGGAUGUAGUCGGAUUUGGAUUAAAUACAAGUAAAAAGAAAGUACUUGAAUUUCCUUCACUAGUUAAAAGUAUAUCUUCGUUCUCUGGUCAGCCAACUGUUUUAGUCAAUUCAGAUAACAUAUCUUCUGAAGCAAAAGAAUCGUUUCCUAAAUGCAGUCUUUCUAGUCCUACUGAUAAGUUUGAUACUAAUAGUGUUAUAGGAAAAUCCUAUAUUUUUCACAAAAAGGAUAUUAUUAAUCAAAUCCAAUCAUUUAAUGAUACAGCAAACCGAGAUUUACCUGAAAUUUGUACUUCCACUGACAUUCAAUCAAAUGUAUCAAUGAAUUGUACAUUAAGCCAACAGGAUGAUAUUCAAUCAUCACAUAAACAUACACGUGUUGAACUUGAAACUAAUCCUUUGGUAAUAAAACAAUCUUUAGAUUCUUGUGACUUAUUGUCUUCCACAGAUUUCACAACUGAUACAACAUUACAAUGUGUUGAACAGAAACAGGGCAAUUUUUUAAAACAAAAAAAUAUACAACACAGUUGUAAAGAAAAGCAAAAUCAUAUUACACAACAUAAAAUAAAAAUUAAUGCGCAGUCUAGAUCAUGCAAACGGACAUUAAGAUGUAAAAAGAAAAUUAAAAUGAAAAAUGAAAAAGAAAAGUUACCUUCAUCUGUUGCUCAACCUAACCAGAAUGAACUGAGUUUAAGGUGCUCACAGAUUACUGUUAUUAAUCCUUUGAAUUAUCAAGAUGUACAAGAUACAUGUGAAUCGCCAUUGUCAACAUUUCACGUCUCAUAUCGUCAAAAAUCACUUCAGACUAUGUGCACAUCUAAAAAUAUACACAAGCAAUUGAAAUGUGUAGGUAUUCAACAAUUAAGAAAUAUAUCUCAACAAAAACAACAAAUGUUACUAAAUUUUCGCGAAGAUUCUAUAAGGGAUAUAAUCGUCAAGGAAGAUACUAAAUUAGAGAAUGUCCAACACACCAUGGAAGAUAACAUCUCAGAAGAUUCAAAUAUUUCAUGUGUAUCUGAGAAAUCAUAUAUACCAGAAAGCAAAACCUGUUUCAAAUUUUCAAAAAGAAAUAUGAAGAUUACCACUGGCGUUGCUAAAGUGAAUCUUACAACAGAUAAAAAUGUAAUUCCAGUUUCAAAUAAUAUACUUGUAAAAUCUGGUACUAAAUGGUCAUUACAGAACAUAGAUACACAGCCAUCAGAGUUUAUUGAAGAGCAAAUCGUUACAACUUUGGAUGAAGAUACACCUUCAAAGAGAAGAAAAUUAACUUCUAAGUUUUCACCAAUUUUAAAAACAAAUACAGUUGUCUCUUCUGUGAAUGAACAGAAAAUACAAAAGAAAUAUUUCGACUCUACA